CUCAGCAUGAGCACCUUGGCCUUGUACCGCGGCAUCUACACCCAAGAGAACUUCCAACAAGUCUAUGGGGUGCCCCUGGAGCAGGAGAGCAGCCUAGCAAGGAUGGUGAAAGGCAGGCUGAGCCGCUGCUGCCACUGCUCCAAAGCAGCAGCCUUGCACUUAUUUAGAAGCAGGAUGCCUAUUGCAAAUUGGCUGCCCAAGUACCAGCCAAAGAAGUGGCUUUUGGGGGACUUGGUGGCGGGGUUAACCGUGGGCGUCAUACACAUCCCUCAAGGAAUGGCCUUUGCUCUGCUCACUUCAGUAGCUCCGAUCUAUGGGCUCUACACUUCCUUCUUCCCAGCCUUGCUGUAUAUGCUUUUUGGGACAGGGCGUCAUGUGUCUACAGGCACAUUUGCUGUGGUCAGUCUGAUGACAGGCUCUGCGGUGGAGCGCUUGGUUCCCAUCCCCCAGCAAGCCAAUGGCACAGGUCCUGCUGAAGUCGCUGUAUUGGAGAGACAACGCAUUGAGGUAGCUGCCGCCAUCGCCUUUCUCAUGGGGCUCCUCAUGGUCAUGAUGUUUAUGCUUCACUUGGGCUUCCUUUCCACCUAUCUCUCGGAACCAGUGGUCAAGGCCUUUACUAGCGCCGCAGCCUUGCACGUGGUAGUUUCUCAGCUACAGAGCCUCCUGGGCAUAUCCUUACCACGCCCCAAUGGCUACUUUGCCAUUUUCAAGACACUGGCAUCUGUUGUGGAAGCGUUGCCUUUAACCAACAUAGCAGAACUGCUUAUCUCUGGGCUCUGCUUAGCUGUGCUGGUACCAAUCAAAGAAAUCAACCACCGUUACCGUAGCCGGAUGUGGGUCCCCAUCCCAGGAGAGAUCAUCAUGGUACUGCUUGCCACAGGAAUCUGCUUUGCUUCCUCUCUGAAUACCCACUAUAAUGUACAGAUUGUUGGGCACCUCCCAGCAGGGUUCCCACAGCCCCAGCUCCCAGCUCUGCAUCUGCUGCCCCAAGUGUUGGGUGACACGAUGGCCCUCGCUUUUGUGGCCUACGCCAUCUCAGUGUCGCUGGCCAUGAUCUACGCUGAGAAGUACCACUAUGUCAUUGACCCCAACCAGGAACUUCUGGCUCAUGGUGUUUCAAACCUAGUCUCUUCCCUGUUCACCUGUUUCCCCAAUUCAGCCACUCUGGCUACAACUAACAUUUUGGAGAGUGCUGGUGGACAUACACAGCUUUCUGGACUCUUCACCAGUGCCAUUGUCCUGAUUGUGUUAAUAUGGAUUGGACCACUCUUUCAUUAUUUACCAAAGGCUGUCCUAGCUUGUAUCAAUGUCACCAGUCUUCGACAGAUGUUUCUGCAGUUCCGGGACUUACCUGAGUUGUGGAGGAUCAGCCACGUGGACUUCGCUGUGUGGAUGGUCACGUGGCUUUCCGUGGUUGUGCUUAGUGUGGACUUUGGCCUGGCAGUGGGGGUUGUGUUCUCCAUGAUGACUGUUGUAUGCCGCACACAGAGGGCUGAAUGCUCUGUGCUGGGCCGAGCAGCGGAUACGGAAAUCUACAAGCCUGUCAAGUACAAUAGCAAGUGCUUUGAGAUCCCAGGUGUGAAGAUCUUAAGUUACCAGGCCCCCAUCUAUUAUGGGAACCGCAGUUUUUUUAGAGAUAUUGUCAGCAAACUUGUGGGGCUGCAGCAAGACUGCAAACAGUCUGAGGAUCCACCGUUUAACAGCAGGAUAAAAAUGGACAUCACUACAGUGGACAGCACUGUUUCUGUCUUGGAAAAGAAAUUUAACUCAGGCUUGGAUGUACAGGCUGUGAUUUUUGACUGCAGUGGAAUAUCCUUUGUGGAUUCAUCUGGCGCACGGCUCCUUAUCCAGAUGUGUGUGGAAUGUCAAAAAGCCGGCAUGCAGAUACAUUUGUCUGCCUGUAAUGCCAAUGUCCUACAGACCUUGAGUUUUUGUGGCCUCAUGCAUCACCUAACCCCUCAGCAGAUUUUUGUCACCGUUCAUGACGCUGUAUCCUACCUCCAGCAAACCACGGAAAACAUGGAACAGAAGGAUCCUACCAUCUGGGUAUAACUUUUCUUCCUGUCAAGGGUAAAAGACAAUAAGAUCUACCAGGACAAAGCCACCUGAGGUCCCAGAGAUUUGGGAAAGGCAGCAGGCUGCCUACGAGACGACGUUUCUCCUACUACUGGAAAGAGGAGACUAACAAGAAGAGAUUCAGCUGUUCUUCUUCCUGCUACAACUUCCAUGGGCUGCAUAGUCUGAAGAAAUCCACAACUGCAGUGUGGACUCACCUUUCUUGGCUCCUUUCUUCUUGAACCCUUACCAGAAAAUUUUAGAACUCAGCAGCAAACAAAAUUGUAUUAAUUUUUAAAAAAGUCUUUUAUUACUUUCCUGGAAACAGAAAUUGAAGUCAUCACAGGAUGAUGGCAGCCAAAAGGAAGGAGAGGGUUUCAACCUAGGAAAUAAUGCUCAAUGGGAAUUAUAGAAAAGCUUGAUUGCCAGAAAAGAAAGGAAGCCAAUUCCAUCAAAGGACUCUUUUGUACUGGGGCACCUUCUUUUUUUCUUUUCCUCGCCAGAGAGAUCCUCUCAGAUCAGCAUUGCUGUUGGAACCGGUAGGACCAAAUGCUAAACAUAGUUAAUGAAUUGAUUCACGUUUUUGGAAUGUGCACAAUAUUAGAGCUGAAGAAGCUUCUCGGAGGCGAAGUGAAACGUCUUCAAAGAAAAAACAAGAAAGUCCAGUUGCCUCCUGAAAAUGCACCUUUGGGACAACCACGACCCGGAUUGACUGAGAAUCUCCAUAGGCUCAUUUUAUACCCUCAGCAGCAUCAAGUACUGUAGCUAAGGUUUUCUUGGACAGCACCAGCUCAGAAUUGGAUGCUGAGUAUGCAACCAUCCUUGAACAAUAAAUAUGUAAAUAAGCAAGCUUUUGAACUUUUUUUAAAAUCAAAAUUAGCAUUUCAGGCAGGGGAGCAACCACUCCAUUAUCACAUGGAAUUUCUUUCCUACUUACUGGUGGGGUGGGGGUGGGAAGUGUCAAAAUGCAGUGCCAUUUUUUUAAAGCUUUUAUGUGUACUUAAUUUAUUACUGCAUUGUUCUGGUGGUAUGAGCAGGAUUUAAUUCCAAAUAAAAUAGUACUUACAAGUCUUA